AUGGCUGAACCAUGGACCCAGCCAAUGAAGACGGUUUCUUCCUCCCCUUCGAAGGGAGCGGAUGUGGCAGGUGAAACAACGGGACAGAGAUGCGAGUCUUCUCAGAUUCAAAGUUCUCCCGAUCAAAGCUCUUUGAUCGUUUCUACUGAAACCAAAACUGUCUUACUAAGUACAGCUAUCGUUUAUAUUGGCCACACCGGAAAUUGUGCACGUCCCGUAAUAGCGGUUUUGGAUUCCGCUUCGCAAACCAACUUCAUUACUUCAUCAUGCGCUAAUGCAUUGGGUUUACCAAAACAGAGAACUUACACACCGAUCUCUGGAAUAAACGAAACAAUCAUAAACAUAAAGUCAAAAAUAAAUGCUAAAAUAUCAAACAAAGAACACACAUCUGAAUGGAACUUGGAUUUUUUCAUUGUCCCCAAAAUUACGUAUAUCACUCCUUCAAGACCCCUAAUGAUUUCGAAUAGUGUUAUUCCAAAAAACAUAAAAUUAGAUGAUCCUCAAUUUUUUAAACUUGGUAUCGUAUCACCAAAGCAAUACUGUUAUCUGACAACAAGUCUAGAGUCUUUAAAUGAAACGAUGAAACAAUUUUGGGAGGUAGAAAGCAUAGAAGAUUAUCAACCCCCGCCUAGUAAGGAACUGCAAUACUGCGAAGAACAUUAUGCAAAAACCCAUAGCAGAAAAUCGGAUGGACGUUAUAUAGUAAAGAUGCCUGUAAAAACUGAUGAAGAAAAUAUAGCUCUUGGAAGUUCUAAAGAAAUUGCGUCAAAACUCUUGGAUCACUUAUGGAAUCGUUUGGAACGCCAAACACAAGUGAAGAAGCUGUAUACUGAAUUUAUGAGAGAAUACGAACAGCUAAAUCACAUGAUGGAAAUUGAAACUGAAACUGAGGCUGCCUAUUACUUACCUCACCAUGGGGUUUAUAAACCGGAAAAGAGUAGCACUAAACUUCGGGUGUUUUUUAACGCUAGCUGUAAAACCACAAAUGGAAUUAAAUGA